AUGGACGCCUUUACUCCCGCACAGACUACCGAGCUCGUCUCGCGCAUCGGCGCCAAAAAGGCUCGUAUGAGGAUUGAUAAAAUGUUCAUCAACUCAUUCAUGGGAGGUUGCCUCAUUUCUUUUGGAUGCGCCAUUUCCCUGUCCACGAGUAGCGCGCCAUGGUUUCAGACGAAUGCCCCAGGUCUCAUUCGUACCAUCUCUGCUAUGGUCUUCCCUGUUGGGUUGAUCAUGGUUGUGCUUACCGGAGCGGAUUUGUUUACAAGUUAUUGCAUGUAUAGUGUGGUUGCUUUAUUGCAUCGACGCUGUAGCUUCUUGGAUCUGCUGAAGACAUGGGUCGUCAGUUUCUUUGGAAAUUUGGCAGGAGCAUUGUUUUUGAUGGCUGUUCUUACAGGUUAUGGUGGCACAUUCGAGUCUGGAGCAUACAAAGAUGAAGCCCUUGCUUUUGCAAAGGGAAAAGCAGUUACGCCACAAUGGCAUCAGAUUUUCCUCAAGGCAAUCAUGUGUAAUUGGCUCGUCUGCAUGGCCGUCUUCCUCGCCGUUUCUUCCCGCGAAGUGCUCUCUAAGAUCGUUGCAAUGUGGUUCCCUGUGAUGUGUUUCGUUGGAUUGGGAACUGAUCACGUCGUCGCUAACAUGUAUUUUAUCCCUCUCGCCAUCUUCCUCGGAGCACCGCAACCACUCACUGUUAGCUACUACAUCUGGAAGUCGAUGAUUCCUUCUCUACUCGGAAACAUCAUCGGAGGCGGCGUCUUUUGUGGUGGUGUCUACUGGUACCUUUUCCUCGCCGACGAAACUGUCCCCAUUCAUUUCGAUACUGUGGAUGCCAAUACGGCGGUCUAUGAACAGGGAGGUCCGAUUCAAAGACAGGUUACGGCCGAUGGGGCCGGAACAGGUUACGGCAUUGAACAUAAUAAGAACGUAGUUCCUAAUUCGGGAAAUAAUGGAAGAAGUGGAAUUGCGAAAGAGUUAAAUCUUGGAUUAGUGGAGAGUUUAGGAAGGAAAAGGGAGGGAAGUGAAAGGAGUAGUGGGAGUGUUUAG